AUAUUAGUGUUGGUGGGUAAGUGGCGCAUCAAUGUAUCAAGGUCAUCAAAUCCGAUAUCAAAUUCAGGAAUAGUAGAGGAACCAUUACCAAGCCCCAGCGGUCAAACGCCAGCCUCUUUCAGCGAAUCGGAGGGCAAACCAGCCGGAAAACAAACGCGUCACCACACGCGCGGCCAGGACCGUACUCUUCAUUCGUUGUUUCAUCCGGCUUUGGAGAUGGAGCAGCCCAACGGCGAGCAUACGGAGCAGCUAUCUCAAUCGCAGCCGCAGUCUCAAUCUCAACCGCAUUCGCAUUCGCAGUCGCCGGAUAUAGAUCAGAACGUCAAAGAUGGGGCUCAGGCAUCGAAUAGGGAGGUGGGAUCAGAGACGCAUAAGGCGGCGCCUGUGACGCAGAAGUCAGUGCGUUGGAGUUCGGACCUGGUGACGGAGUAUCCUUCUCCGAAAAUGUCGUCUUCUGAUGGAUCCAAUCCCUAUGUGGAUCGUUCUUCCGUGGCCUCGAAUUCACCGCAAUUCAAUUUCAAGAAUACGAUGAACUCGGUUAGGGAUGUGCUAGGGAGGUGGGGAAGGAAGGUGGGAGAAGCCUCUAAAAAGGCAGAGGAUCUGGCUGGGAACACUUGGCAGCAUUUGAAAACAAGCCCAAGUUUUGCUGAUGCUGCCAUGGGGAGAAUUGCACAAGGAACGAAGGUUCUAGCAGAAGGUGGUUAUGAGAAGAUUUUUCGACACACAUUUGAGACGGUUCCUGAGGAGCAACUUCAGAAUUCAUUUGCAUGCUACUUAUCUACAUCAGCUGGGCCAGUCAUGGGAAUUUUAUACGUAUCUACUGCAAAGCUUGCAUUUUGUAGUGACAAUCCUCUUUCAUAUAAAGCUGGAGACCAGAUGGAGUGGAGCUAUUAUAAGGUAGUUAUCCCAUUGCAUCAGCUUAAGGCAAUUAACCCUUCAUCAAGCAGAUCCAAUCCUGCUGAAAAGUACAUACAGGUUAUCUCUGUGGACAACCAUGAAUUUUGGUACAUGGGCUUUCUAAACUACAAUGGUGCUGUGCAGUGCUUACAGGAUGCUCUGCAAACUCACGACAUACAGUCUGUGUAGUUGUUGUCUCUUGGGCUUGAACUUUCACCACAUUGUGGUAUUGAGUUCAUGUUACCAACGAGUUUACAAAUAUGAGCAUCUGAAAACUGAGCAGAAAAGAAAAAUGCAUGUCUCCCUCCUUCAGUUGAUAUCUCUGGAGAUGAAACUAGGUCAUAUAGUAUUUAUUUCUGGGAUAUUUUAUAGGGGACUGGUGUAUAUUUGACUUUCUUUUUUCAGUCCACAUGGUUGCAGUUUUGCAUUUUGGCAGAAUUUAUUCAGCUACAUGAUAUAGAAUUUCUCACAAAUACUAAGUUCUAUUUCUUUUAAAUUUCACACAUUUUCAUGUCAAAAAGCCUAUUGAUAUUGUUCUGUUAAGCGACUGAUCAUUAUUAUCUUAUGCAUCAUUUGUUGCUCUA